UCUGUGAGAGAGGCAGAUGUUACGGAACCUGUUGCUUGUCCAGAUGCAUUGGCAACUUUUGGCUCUCUCUCUGUUUUUUCAGAUGCUCAUUUUGACGUUUGCUGCGAGAAAACGAAGCGAGAGCUGGCGACAGGAUUGCAGGAGCUGUGUGGAGUGUUCGAAGGAGAAUGGCUGUCUGCGCUGCUCUGAGCGUCUCUUCCUGUAUCUCAACAGAGACGGCAUGAGUCACCACGGCUUCUGCGUCCACUCCUGUCCCACUGGACACUUCGGUCUUCGAGGGAAAGAUGUCAAUCGCUGCAUGAAAUGCAAAGCUCCAGAGUGUGAGAGAUGCUUCAACAAAGACUUUUGCACUAAAUGCAAAAAAGAAUAUCUGCUCUUCAAGGGGAAAUGCUUCAAAAGCUGCCCGGAUGGCACAUUUGCCAACUCCACAGACUGCAUUGAAGGAUGCAUGUUCAAUCUCAUUGGCUCCUGGGGUGAAUGGAGCCUUUGCCAACACAACGGUACGAGCUGUGGAGUCCGAUGGGGGCAACAGAGUAGGACCCGUGGGCUGUCCAGGCAAAUGCCUGAAGAGAGAGAAACGCUGUGUCCCGCUCAGUCUGAAAGCAGAAAGUGCCGAAUGAAGAAGAGGUGUCCGAAAGACAGAAGAAAGCACGGAAGAGGAGACCGAAAGAAGUCAGAGAAGAAGUCAAAGGUGUUUGGGAACCGAACAGUCACGGAUCCUAUAUUGCCGUCAAGUUCCGGGGACGAAGUCAUAUUGUAAUGUUUUAUUAAUUUAUAUGUUUUUUAUAUGCAAUGUUUAUAUUUUUUUAUUGAUAUAUAUUGUAUCCUUUCAUCAUCUUGAGUUCACUUUAAUCAAGCUGACAUGUAACAUUACAUGACUAGAGAAAUAUUUCUUUUGACGCAAUUAAAUGACACAUCAUAAUGUGUAUUUUGACAAGUUAGGGAGGGUUUGACCCAACACUUGGCAUGGAUUAAAUCCGGUACAGUGCGUUUUAACAAAGACAAAGUCAACGUUGGGCCUCCACAAUGUACUUUUCUAGUUUAUGAAUAACAGACAAACAGCUUCGAUCUAUCACUAUGUGUUUUAGGUUGUAUUGCAGCUAACAUGCCUCGGGCUUCUUUUGCCUUACUGUUGUGUUUUCCGACCACAUACGCUCUCUGUGUCUGCACUGCUUCGGUCAUAACAUUUGGGUAAAAAGACAAUUAAACAAUGUAAAGUUGUCAAAAAGAUUACAUGGUCUGUCACAUUUAAAGCUAUUCGAGCAAUGUGAUUGGCUGCGUGACCCAACUGGAUACUUCUUGGAUCCUUAAGCAAAUUUCAAGAGUAUAAUUUCAUUAUUUUCCUAGAUCCUCAAAUGCAACAUUAAACUCAGACACUUCUCAUAAGUUUUAUUCGAAACUGAUUACGGUCCCUAUGUGAACAUUGAAAUGUUCUAGAUGUUUUAGAUGGAUGGGAAACUAUUGAUUUGGAUGUGAUUUAUUCGCGUUGAUUUCCACAGCACUCUCUCAGGGUGCCAAAUUGUUUUUACUGGAAAACGCACAGUUACACAGAAAUGUUUUCUUAAUCAAUUAAACCCAAAAAGAAAUAUUUGCUUUUGUUUAAUAUGGAGGGUUAUGAAAACGGUACAGUUGAGAAAGGGGUGUUCUGUGUUAUUAAAUGAAGAUGUCAGGUGAUUUGAGAAUAAAAGCUUGUUUUGAGGAUACCAGCUGGUAUAUGUUUCCUCUUCUGAUGCGUCUCGUCUGUGGCGGUUAAAAACGCUGGAUAAAACUUACGGAGACCCUUAAACAUUACUUUGAAGAACAAAAAAGUUUGGUUCUUUUCACAGAAAUAUGACCUUAGAAAAUGUCUUUAUUUUCUUUAUUAAAAAGAAGGCGCUUAGAAAUAAGUUGUUUGUCCAACUUAAGAGCUACAUAAGGUUUUUUAUUUUCUAAUCAUUUUAGAUAAGAUUUGCAAUGUUUAUAACCCUGUUUGCAAAUGUUUUGUGUAAAAUGUAUAGUAAAAAAGAAAAAACAACAAAAGAAAGGAAAAGACGGUUUGAGUCUUGCAUUUUUUGACCAUUGGUUUGAAGUUACAGAACUGAUGCGCAUAGAUACCCAUAUAA